AUGUCAACAACACCGCAAGUUUGUUUUCCUCCCAUUCUUGCUGCAUUGCAAGAUAAUACUACUCAAGCUCAUCGAGCAAGGAAUGUCAUCGUUUGUUUGGACGGUUCAGGAGAUCAAUUCGAUAAUGAUAACUCAAACGUCGUCAAAUUCUUUGCGGCUCUCAAAAAGGAUUGUCCAACUCAAUUGACCUAUUAUCAAACAGGCGUUGGCACAUACUACGGUUCGUGCAAAGGCUCUAUUAAGAAAGGGUUCUCUGCUGGCUGGGAUAUAGCCGUUGGCGCUUCCCUUGACGUCCAUGUUCGAGGGGCUUAUUCGUUCCUCAUGCAAAAUUAUCGAGAAGGUGAUAAGAUUUGUUUGAUCGGUUUCUCAAGAGGCGCAUAUACUGCUCGUGCCUUGGCUGGCAUGCUACACAAAGUAGGCCUGUUACCCGCUCAUAAUCAAGCACAGAUCGCUUUCGCUUAUAGAUGGUACGAGGAUGAUUCAGAGUAUGGCUGGAAAAUGAGUGCAGAUUUCAAGAGAACAUUCUCGAUUGAUGCUGAUAUUCAUUUUCUUGGCUGCUGGGAUACAGUAACAAGUGUGGGAGUCAUUCCUAAAACCUUGCCAUUCGCAAAAACCAAUAGAUCUGUCCGCUACUUCCGACAUGCUCUUGCUUUAGAUGAAAGACGUGCGAAGUUUAAACCCAAUCGUUGGACCCAACGUGAUGAAUUGCGUCGUACCGAGGAGGAAGAGGGAGGUCAUCAAGACGAGCCUGAACACGUCUUGGAUGCUGAUAGUAGUACGUUUGAGCGCGCUUUGAAUGCUCAUCAUAAAAGAGCCUCUCUCCUCGAUAUCGAUCGAAAAGAAUUUGGCGAUUACGGACAGCCGACGGAUGUGCUGGAAGUAUGGUUUCUGGGAGGCCAUGCAGAUUGUGGUGGUGGUGCGGUGGCCAACGACACUCGUCAUAUGGUUUCUCGUAUUCCGUUACGUUGGAUGUUACGUCAAACGUUUGAAUGCAAUACCGGCAUCUUGUUCCAUACAGAUGUCUUGGCAGAGCAUGGCUUGGACGUGGAGACUCUUUGGCCAAAAUAUGUAUCACGCAAAGCACCCUCAUGCGGCCCACCACCAUCUGCUUUGGACGAAUAUGCAAGCGGAACGUUGCCCUCUUUAGUCAAACGGCUAUCGACCGUGAGCACCUGGCGUGAAACGGGUGUUUUGCCUGAAAUGCAUGAAGAUUAUUUCGAUUCUCUGGCGGAAAUUAGUGAUCAGCUUGUAAAAGCAAAAAAAUGGUGGAUAUUGGAAUUAUGGCCGGUGGGAUAUUACAUCAAGACAGAAUUGGGUGAAUGGAAGAAAAAGAUUGGCCCAAAUUUGGGCAGAUAUCGUACAAUUCGUACAGAGACGAUAAAUUUACAUUGGACAGUCGUUCAACGUCAGGAGAGCAAGAAUUACAAAAUAAAAUGUUUAACUGACGAUUAUUGCAAUUGGAAUAUCAUUUAUUAG